GGGAGGGAAGGGGGACGAAGGAGAGGGAGAAACUUCAGGGCAGCGGCGAGGGUCAGCCGGGCUGGGCCCCGGGGCCCGGCAGCUCGGGGAGAGCAAGGGAGUGCCGGGGCUGCCAUCGCGCAGCUCCCAAUGGGGCUGGAGAAACUUUAAAAGGCGGCCCCGCUGUGGUUGGCUGGUAGCGAGAUUCCGAGCAACAUAUGGCAUUAAAAGGAGCGCAGCUGGAGGUUAUGAAGGCAGAAUGGAGUUCCCGGACCACAGCCGGCAGCUGCUGCAGUCCCUGAGUCAGCAGAGACACCAAGGAUUCCUGUGCGACUCCACUGUGCUUGUCGGGGAAGCUCGGUUCCAGGCUCAUAGAGCUGUACUGGCUUCCUGCAGCAUGUACUUCUACCUCUUCUACAGGGACCAGUUAGACAAAAGGGAGACUGUACAUCUGAACAGUGACAUUGUCACGGCCCCAGCCUUCAGCCUGCUGCUUGAAUUCAUGUAUGAGGGCAAGCUGGAGUUGAGCAGCCUGCCCAUUGAGGACAUCUUAGCUGCUGCCAGCUACCUCCACAUGUAUGACAUUGUCAAAGUCUGCAAGGGUAAACUAAAGGAAAAAGAACUAGUGAUUGAGGAAGAGAAGGACAGACCUUUCCUGGGCCCCAACAUAUCCCUGGGCCAUGAGUUAGAACUGCCUGGCCAGCCAAGAUUCAGUCCCCUAGAGUAUGAUCAGUCUGGGGCCCACCCCACCUGGUCUAACAACCUCAUGGGACCAUCCUCACUAUCGAAAAAAGCAGACCUAAGUCCAAGUCCUGGGAAGGCCAAACCUUUGGAUAAUGGUGUGGGGGUCUCUCUUUCUCAGAGGACUGAGCUCCCAAUACCCAGCCAGGCCCCUGGUGACUCAGAGUGUGCUUUGGAUCUGUCUCUGAAGCCGAUUUCAGGGAGGGAUGCCCUCCAUACUUCCUAUGUCUUCAGACAGCUGGCUGCUGAUCAUCGGCAGCAGCAGCAGGAAGUCGAACUGAUGGUGAAAAAUGAACAGGACUUGUUGUCAGACCAGGAAGAUGGCAAGGCAAGGAGUCCAGUGGGCCAGCCAUUUGGGCCUGUGGCUAAAAACUUGGUCACAGGCCUGGGCCACAUGUUUCAUGGCCAGGAAGAUGAGUUGGACCCAGAGCGGGAUGAGAGUGAAGAUGACCUGGAUGCAUCAGACCUCUCUGCUUCAGAGGUGCUGGGGCCCCCUGGCCACAUCUGCAUCUGCCCUCUCUGCAGCAAGGUGUUCCCCAACCCCCAUGUCCUACAGCUGCAUCUGAGCUCUCACUUCCGGGACAAGGAUGGUGGCUCAAGGGCUCGAUUGUCACCAGAGGGGUCAGUGCCCACCUGCACACUAUGUGGAAAGACCUUCUCAUGCAUGUACACCCUUAAGAGGCAUGAGCGGACACACUCAGGCGAGAAGCCAUACACUUGUGUGCAGUGUGGCAAGAGCUUCCAGUACUCACACAAUCUUAGCCGGCAUGCGGUGGUGCACACUCGAGAAAAGCCUCAUGCCUGCAAGUGGUGUGAACGACGUUUUACACAGUCUGGGGAUUUGUAUCGGCAUAUCCGAAAGUUUCACUGUGGCCUUGUCAAGUCCCUGGUAGUUUGAAGUUUUAUGAAGGAGCUGGGGUUUGGCUAGAGAGAGGAGAGUGUGUGUGUGUGUGUGUGUGUGUGUGUGUGUGUGUGUGUGUGUGUGUGUGUGUGUGUGUGUGUGUGUGUGUGUGUGUGUGUCUAUGUUUAUGACGUUUUGAUUCGAAGAAUGAUUGUUCCUAUGCUCUUUUGAUGCUCCACAGCAGCAUCUAGCCAGAGGGGCUUUUAUGUAUAAGGCUGGCCUGUCCUACUGUAGGACAGGCACAUGCAGGGACUGUUGGGAGAGACGGUCUUGCAUCACCAGUCUCUGGAAUGCCUGAUCUGACCUCUAAGUUGGAAAAUUCUGAAGCUGCCUCUAGAAAAACCUUUUCUCCAGAGUUGUGAUUAGAUGCCAAGAGGUCCUGCCUUUUGAAGUUCUUACCUCAUGGUUUUUUGUCUUUUUUUUUUUUCUUAGCUCAAAAAGAAGAGAAUGUGCUUCUUAGACACUAAAAUACUUUCCAUGCUGACCUCCUUAUUUCUCCCAACUGGGCCCCAGGCAACAAUCACCAAGGGACAGGGAGAUGGACAGACCUCCUUUAAGUUCCACUUAACAUUCUCUCCCUGAUUGUUU